AUGGUUGAUUCUGAAGCUAAGGAGGAUGGUGUGAAGAAAUCGAAGAAGAAAAGGAAGGAGAUAAGGUCUGAUCCUGAGGCUGAGAAUUGUGUUCAGAAAUCGAAGCUAAGGGUUGAUUCUGAAGCUGAUGAUGUUGGAAAUACAGAAUCUGGUGGUGGUAAUGAGAUUGGAAACAGUGAAGGGAAUCGAAUGGAUGAGAAACCACUCGUGAACAAUGAUGGUAAGAAGGAAACGGUAAAGAGAAAGCUUGAUGAUACUGAUUUGGGAGCUGAAGAAAACACAGACAAGUCCAACAAGGAGAUUAAGAAGAAACGCAAGAAGAUGAAACCAAGUGUUGUGGAUCCUGAGUUGAAAGAAAACAACGAGGACUCCUCAACGAAAGAUGCAAUCAAUGAAAAGGAGAAACAAAAUGUGGAUUCAGAAGUUGUAGAAGAUGACUUGAACUCUGUGAAAGAUGCGAAAAAGAAGGAGAAGAAGCUGAGUGAAGAUGCAGAGGCUGUAAAAAACAACAAUGACGGUACGAAAGAUGCUAAGAAGAAAAGCAAGAAGAUGAAACCAAGUGUGGAUCCUGAGGUUGAAGAAUGCAACAAGGACUCCUCAACGAACGAUGCAAUCAAUGAAAAGAAGCAAAAUGUGGAUUCAGAAGUUGUAGAAGACGACUUGAACUCUGUGAAAGAUGCGAAAAAGAAAAAAGGUAAGAAGAAGAAGAAGAAGCUCAGUGAAAAUGCAGGAGCUGAAGAAAACAACAAUGACACAACUAAUGAUGCAACCAAGGAAAAGAAAAAGGAGAAGAAGCAAAAUGUGGAUUCAGAAGUUGUAGAAAAUGCUAAAGAUGCGAAAAAGAAAAAACGUAAGAAGAAGGAGAAGCUGAGUGAAGAUGCAGAAGCUGUAGAAAACAACAACAAUGACGGUACGAAAGAUGCAAAGAAGAAAAGGAAGAAGAAGGAAAAGAGUAGUAAGAGUGUUGAAGAUGUGACCACACCUUCAAGUAAAAGCACAAAAAAGGUGAAGUUUUCUGAUCAACUUGAAGUUUUUCCUAGUGAGGAUGAGGUGGUUAGGGGUAAGCGGUUUACUAAGGAAGAAGAUGCUUUAGUAAAGAAAGCUGUGUUAGAUUACAUUGAUAACCAUGCUUUAGGAGAUGAAGGAUUAGACAUGGUUAUGAACUGCAGGAAAUACCCAGAAAUUAAAGGUUGCUGGAAAGAAAUAGAGUCUGCUUUACCUUGGAGGGCAAGAUCUAGUGUGUACUACCGUGCGCAUAAUCUAUUCGAAGAAGGAUCCAAGGGGAUAUGGACUAAAGAGGAUUUGGAGCUCCUUAGACAGUUUCAUACGAAACACGGGAAUGACUGGAAGACAAUUGCGGAUGCGAUGGGUAAACACAGGGUCCAUGUGAAAGACGCUUGGAGGAGAAUCAGACUGAAUACGAAUAAAGGACAUUGGUCGAGGGAGGAGUACCAAAAUCUCUUUGAUCUUGUGAACACCGACCUUAGGAUGAAAGCAUUCCAUGAGAAGCACUCAAAACAUGGGAUGCUCCGAGAUAACAUCCCUUGGAUGGCGAUAAGCGACAAACUUGGAACACGGGGCCACGUGCAUUGCUGCGAGAAAUGGUAUAAUCAGUUGACAUCACCAAUGGUGGCAAAGGGAAUAUGGGCUAACGUAGAUGACUAUAGGCUCUUGGACGAGCUUACGAACCUGGAUGCUGCUUGUAUCGACGAUGUGGAUUGGGAUAAUCUGUUGGAGAAUCGAGAUGGAGAUGCUUGUAGAAAGCGGUGGAACCAGAUGGUGCUUCAUAUCGGUUCACAGGGAUCCAAAACAUUUGCAGAGCAAGUCGAGAUUUUAUCUCAAAGGUAUUGCCCUGAAUUAGCUGAGGACAGAGAGAAUUUUGACAACAGACCUUUUGAUCCUGAAGAUUAA